GCGAGCAGCAGCUUCCCCCUGCUGCUACAGGAUCACACUGACACACGGUUAGACAGACGGGUCUCUGGACUCUGGUCUCUGGUCUCUGGUCUGGACGGUAGCCGGCUGUAGUAACGGACUCUGUCUUUGUGUUCAUCAGAAUCAGCGGGGCGGUGACUGAUGGAUCCACUGGCUGAAGCUUAAGAGGAGACAAAGACAGAAGAGGACAGGCAGGAAGACAGGCAGGAAGACAGGCAGGAAGACAGGCGGUCAGACAGGAAGACAGACAGACAGACGGUCAGAGAGACGCUAUGAUUGGAGACGGGCGCCGCUGGACCGGCAGCCUCGAGCUGAGGUAGCCCAGUGCUGAGGUGAGGCAGCUUGUGAUUGGUGGUUACCAUGGUACCCAGGCCGUCAUCAGGGGAGCUAUGGGGGCUCCACUUGAUGCCCCCCCGCAUCCAGGUGGACUGCUGCCUACCCAACGGGAUGAUGGUGAGUCUGGAGUGUCUCAGGGAAACUCCUCUCAUCAGCAUCAAGCAGCAGCUCUUCACUGAGGCCAGAAAGUACCCGCUCUACCACCUGCUGCAGGAGGAGUCAAGCUACAUCUUUGUGGGCGUGACCCAGGAGGCGGAGAGGGAGGAGUUUUACGAUGAGACUAGGCGGCUAUGCGACCUGCGACUGUUUCAUCCGAUCCUGAAGGUCAUCGAACCGCUCGGCAACCGGGAGGAGAAGAUCCUGAACCGUGAGAUAGGAUUUGCCAUCGGGAUGCCGGUCUGUGAGUUUGAAAUGAUGAAGGACCCGGAGAUUCAGGACUUCCGCCGCUCCAUACUGAGCGUGUGCAGAGAGGCCAUGGAGGAGAGGGAAGGGGGAGGGGCCCACAGCCAAGCGCUCUACGUUUACCCCCCCAAUGUGGAAUCCAGCCCCCAACUCCCACAGCACAUCUACAGCAAGCUGGACAAAGGGAGGUUGAUUGUUACCAUCUGGGUGAUCGUGUCUCCGUCGAACUCCAAACAGAAAUACACCCUAAAGGUGAGUCACGACAGUUUACCUGAGCAGCUGAUAGCAGAGUCCAUCAGGAAGAAAAGCCGAUCGAUGCAUCUCUCACCUCAACAGCUCCGCCUCUGUGUUCAGGAGUACCAGGGACAGUACAUCCUGAAGGUGUGUGGCUGUGACGAGUACCUGUUGGAGAAAUAUCCUCUCAGUCAGUACAAGUAUAUCCGCUCCUGUAUCAUUGUGGGUCGUCUUCCUCACCUGAUGCUGGUCUCCAAAGACAGUCUCUACUCUCAGCUACCUGCCUCUGGCUUUGUCACGCCUUCAUACAGUCGGCGGACUCCUCAGCCGUCUCCGUGUCCAGGAGGAGGUGAUGGUUCUCCUUCUCGCUCUCUGUGGGCCUUCAACACACUGCUGAGGGUCCGACUGCUCUGUGCCACCUACGUCAACGUCAACAUCAGAGAUAUCGACAAGAUCUAUGUGAGGACCGGGAUCUAUCACGGCGGAGAGCCGCUCUGUGACAACGUCAACACUCAGAGAGUCCCCUGCUCCAACCCCAGGUGGAACGAGUGGCUGACCUACGACAUCUACAUGGCUGACCUCCCUCGCUCAGCCAGACUCUGUCUGUCUAUCUGCUCUGUGAAGGGAAGGAAAGGAGCCAAGGAGGAGCACUGUCCUCUGGCCUGGGGAAACGUUAACCUAUUUGACUACACUGACAUUCUGGUUUCGGGUAAAGUGGCUCUGAGUCUUUGGCCCGUCCCUCAUGGUCUCGAGGACCUCCUGAAUCCCAUCGGAGUCGCUGGUUCAAAUCCCAACAAGGAGACUCCCUGUGUUGAGCUGGAGUUCUCCUGGUUUAAUCAGACUGUCAUGUUUCCUGAUGAGCAGCAGAUAGAAGAACACGCUAACUGGACCAUCAGCAGGGAGCUGGGCUACAACUACUGCCACGGACUGAGCAGUCGUCUGGCCUGUGACAGCAGUGUUUCACCAGGUGAUGCAGAGCAGCUUCGCUGUCUUUGCUCUAGAGAUCCUCUCUACGAGCUCUCAGAGCAGGAGAAGGACUUCCUCUGGAGACACAGACAUUACUGUGUAAACAUCCCAGAGUCUCUUCCUAAGCUGCUUUUGUCUGUCAAAUGGAACUCCAGAGACGAAGUGUCCCAGAUGUACUGUUUGUUGAAGGAGUGGCCCCUGAUGGAGCCUGAGUCGGCUCUGGAGUUGUUGGACUGUAACUUUCCUGAUCCGAUGGUCAGAGAGUUCGCUCUGCGCUGCCUGGUGCAAGGCCUGACGGACGACAAGCUGUCGCAGUACCUGCUGCAGCUCGUACAGGUGUUAAAAUAUGAGAUGUAUCUGGACAAUCCUCUGGCUCGUUUCCUGAUUAAGAAAGCUCUGACCAAUCAGAGGAUAGGACACUUCUUCUUCUGGCAUCUCAAGUCAGAGAUGCACAAUAAGACCGUGUCCCGGCGCUUCGGCCUGCUGCUGGAAGCUUUCUGCAGAGCCUGCGGCAUGUACCUGAAACACCUGAACAGACAGGUGGAGGCCAUGGAUAAACUGGUGAAUCUGACCGACACACUGAAACAAGAGAAAAAGGACGAAACACAGAAAACUCAGAUGAAGUUCCUGGUAGAACAUAUGUCUCGUCCUGAUUACAUGGAGGCUCUUCAGGGAUUUGUCUCUCCUCUGAACCCUGUUCACCAGCUGGGAAACCUCAGGCUGGAGGAGUGCAGGAUCAUGUCCUCGGCGAAGCGCCCCCUGUGGUUGAACUGGGAGAACCCCGACAUCAUGUCCGAGCUGCUCUUCACCAACAACGAGAUCAUCUUCAAGAACGGAGAUGACCUGCGCCAGGACAUGCUCACUCUGCAGAUCAUCAAGAUCAUGGAGAACAUCUGGCAGAACCAGGGCCUGGACCUGCGCAUGCUGCCGUACGGCUGCCUGUCCAUCGGGGACUGUGUGGGUCUGAUCGAGGUGGUGAAGAACAGUUUCACCAUCAUGCAGAUUCAGUGUAAGGGAGGUUUGAAGGGGGCACUGCAGUUCAACUCCAACACCCUGCACCACUGGAUCAAGGACAAGAACAGAGGAGAGGCGUAUGACCGGGCCAUCGACCUGUUCACCAGGUCAUGUGCAGGUUACUGCGUAGCAACGUUCAUCCUGGGAAUCGGAGACCGACACAACUCCAACAUCAUGGUGAAGGAGAACGGACAGCUGUUCCACAUCGACUUUGGCCACUUCCUGGAUCACAAGAAGAAGAAGUUUGGGUACAAGAGGGAGCGAGUACCCUUUGUCCUGACCCAGGACUUCCUCAUCGUCAUCAGUAAAGGAGUCCAGGAGUCCACCAAGACCAAGGAGUUUGAGAGGUUCCAGGAGAUGUGUUAUAAAGCCUACCUGGCCAUCCGGCAGCACGCCAGCCUCUUCAUCAACCUGUUCUCCCUCCUGCUGGGCUGCGGGAUGCCCGAACUGCAGAGCUUCGACGACAUCGCCUACCUGAGGAAGACCCUGGCCCUGGAGAAGAGCCAGCAGGAGGCGUUGGAGUAUUUCACCAAACAGAUGAACGACGCUCAUCACGGAGGCUGGAGCACCAAGAUGGACUGGAUCUUCCACACCAUCAGACACAUGCCCAACGAACACUGAUACAAACUUUAUAUAUAUACAUAUAAACACAUGUAGUAUGUACACUGCUCAGAAACAUUAAGGGACACUUAACCAUCACCGAGUAACAUCAAGUCAGUUAAACCUCAGGAGAUCAAUCUGUCUGCCUGCAACAUCAUCCAGCAGGACCGCUUUGGCGGUGAUGGUCUGGGGAGGCAUACCUUUGGAUGGUCGCAAAGACCUCAACGUGCUGCUGUUGGGAGACACUUUCAGACCUUAGGUCCUGGUCAACGUGCUGCUGUUGGGAGACACUUUCAGACCCUACCCUGGUGCAGUGGGUCCUGGGUUCCUCCUGGUGCAGGACAGUGUCUGGCCUCAUUAAUGCCAUUGACUGGCCCUCACGUUCCCCAGACCUGAACCUCUGGCACGUUAUGUAUCGGUGCAUCCCACACCACCAAGUACCACCGCAGACUGUCCAGGAACUUACUGAUGCCCUGAUCCAGGUCUGGGAGGAGAUCCACCAGGACACCAUCCACGGUCUCAUGACCACGACGUUAUUGGCAGUAGAACCAGCCACUGGGAGGCCGAACACACUGCCGAGUCACAUGAUGAUGAUGAAAGUCUUCAGCUCGGAUCAGCCUGUGGUUUCAGUUUUUUACUUUGAUUUUGAACCCAGCCCUGAGUCGCUUGGUGAAUUUUCAUUUUGUUGUUUAAGUACGCAGUGUACACUGAUCCGUUCAUCGAGUGUUCCCUUCAGGUUAUUGAGCAGUGUAGAAACACAACACUAUAAAUACAACAUAUACUGUAUACUCUAACGCACACACUGUGUGUUCACUGCACUACGAUGAGGAUGGAAGUGUCUGAAUGUUGUGGAUUGUAGCAUCACUACGUCGUGUUGAUGGGAUGGUUGUCAUAGCAACAGGAAUCUCAGGGUCACAGGUCAGAGGGCAGGUUGAGGAAGCCAAAGGCAUGCUGGGAAAAGACAAUGAUGAUGAUGAUGAUGUCGUAAAUGUCUUCCAGUCGGUGCUACAGUUAGCCUGUUAGCUUUGCUAGCUGCUCUGAAAACAGACAGAUUUUUAAAGGAAACAAACUUUAUUGUUGAGGCGAACAUUUGAAUCAAACUUUAUUGAGAAGUAACUUUAUGAACUGACGGUUGUUGGUAGAAUUUGAACAAAGCCAGCUUUAUUGAAAACCAGCAAAGUGAACACUGGUCACUGUGAGAGCAAUAAAACCUCACAUAACUGAUCAAUACUUUGAUAAUGACAAUCAGGAGUUCUGACCAAUAGGAAGGCAGAGCUCACCAGCUGUGGGCGGAGUCAUGGUGAUCAAGAACAAACGAACCAAUCAUGUUUAACAGGUUCAGACGGACUCCAGAACAGCCAAUAGUCUGCAGUUCAAACAAACAGUAAUAUCAUGAUAUCCAGUCCAGAUAAUUUAAUAUAUAUCAGUUAUUGAUCGUUUUCUCUCAAAGUAUUAUGCUUUUAUUUAUAUGGCACCUUUAUUUUUAGAUAUUACAACAAAAUAUUUGACCUCUUUUCUUUGUAAAAUUACGUCUUUAUUUUGAGAUAUUGCUGCUUUUUUCUCUUAAAUUGCUUUUAUUAGUAAGAGUUAUGGCUUCAUUUUGAAAACAACACUAUUGUAUUACAGUUGGUUUAUAUUUCUCAGUAGAUUAUUGAAGUCGCAGCUGGUGACAGACUCGAGUCUUAAUGAACUCUUUUAAAGUAUUUUAAAGAGAUAGAUUCUCUGAACUGAUCUGAAUUCAGCUUCUAUUGAAUCAACAUAUCAAGUUUUAUCAGGGAUCAAAGUCUUUCCACGACAAUCUGAACCAAUCAGCUGCUCGUUAGUCGUUAGCUGGGCUUCGUUAGUCGUUAGCUGGGCUUCGUUAGCCGUUAGCUGGGCUUCGUUAGCCGUUAGCUGGGCUUCGUUAGCCUUUAGUGCACUGUGUCUAGUAAACCACGCUAGGCUAGUUGUUAGCCUGUUAGCUGAGCUGGUUCACUCUAUCCCAUAGUAAGUUAUUAGUUAGCUGAGCUGUUGCACUGGAACAAUGAAUUGUAGCGUAGCGUAGCAUCAAUGGAAACCCUUCCCCUCUUGUUCCAUUGGCUGCCAGCCACCAAGGGGCGGGGCUACAGUCAGAACGCCAUUUUUAAUGUUAAGGUUUGUGUUUAUUUCUGCGCAGGUCAGAGGUCAGUCUAAGUCCCUCCCACAGGUCAGUAACCAUGACAACCUGUGAGGCGGCCUGACCCCGCCUCCUGCUGUUUCAGAUCUUUUAUCGAUUUCUGACAUCAUCGACUGUGCUGGUUACCAUAGUAACUGAAUAUGUGGACAUGUGAUUUUUAAACUGGUGUAUUGAUGAUCGAUUGGUGUAUUUAACAGGCAUGACGGUUUCUAAUGUUGGUUUUGUGAAAACUAUUGAUCCCGAUCGAUUCUCUCCACUUUGUCUCUUUUUCUAAAAAAGAUUUGGACUUUUUCUGAAAAUAUAACGAGUGAAGAGGGAAGAGGAGAGGCUGCAGAGGCCACGCCCGCAGACGGCAGGCUCAGCCAAUCACAGCGCCCGAGCAGCCUCCACGCCUAACAUAUACUGAUAAGGGCUUUUUAAACUGAAGUUUACAACAGGUCACCUGGGGGCGGAGUCUGAUGUGUGACAUCACACUGCAGGAUCCAGGUGUAAGCACGUAUUGAUCUCUGGCUGUGUAAUCCUGGGUUAUUGUUUUAUUAAAAUAAAAGCUCUACAGGUGU